CUUUCAGUGAGAACGAUACGCAUUGCGUUAUACGGGUCGCUUUUUUCCCCCCACCGUCCUUUCUUUUCCCUCCACUGCCUCUUCCUCCUAUCUUCUUGUUGUCCCCAAAACUCGUGCAGUGUAUUCGAAGUGUGCUUAGCCAUCGCCGGCCACUUUGCACUCGCUGCUAUUUAUGACUUCCAAAAGAUAAUAGCUCCUCCGUUUAAUAAGAGGCUAGUGCGUGCCACAUGAUAAAAGUCAUCCGUCGGGUUACGUAAAAAAUAAAGGUCGACCGAAAAUAUUGGGCUAGUGUUGCGCUGUGGUCCAAAAGACACGAAUGUUAGAGGAAUCCAGGGACACGUGUGAAGGUUCAAUCGUUCGAGUACUUUACGGGUUUGCUCCAUUGAACCGGUUAUGUUUCUAUAAUCGCAUUAGAGGCGCCGAGUGCUGUAUAAACUGCUGAGCAAUAGAAAGUGUGCAUUAAUGUGUGCAGAUACAUAAACGGGGUUCGAAGAGUACCACGCUGUAGGGUCGAGAUUGACGCGCCGGAACUUGAACGCGGAGUGAUGUUUUAAUACGUUCGUCGUUGUACCAUGUAAAUGAGUUCAUUGUUCUGUGUGGCUUUGUCUUAUUAAUUACUGUGGUUGAAACGGUUACGCAUAGAAGUUUUUCGAUGAUUCACGUCGAUUUUAUGAGUGCGUUUAUCGAAUAUUCAAUUAUAAAACGUAUUUCUCGAGGGACUAAAAUUGGUACUUAAAGAGAGAUUAUAUUCUUAAAAGGUGUAAAAUGCUUUCUAACAUGUGCAGUUCAAAUAAUUUUAAACGGCAGUUUCGUGCGAAUUGAAUGUCGGCAAACGUAAAUCCCCAGUGAUGUUUUAAUCGCCCGAACUAAUCUCGCGAAUGUUCAUUUAGUAGGAUUAGCUUAUCCAUAAUGCGAUAAGGAGAGUAUUAAAUGGUAAAAACCGACGUGAAACGCUAUUUCAAUCUUUUAUAUGUUUCUUGUGAGUGUUCAAUCAAAUGGAACUUAUUUUCAUCAUAAAAGGUUGGACACGCCGCAGACGACCGAUCAAUUUAUUCGAUCGAACACUUUUUCCCAGGAAUAGUAACAAAGAGCGCGUCACCGCACGAAAAAUGUAAAUACCGGACGACUUCCAUUCUGUUGUUCACGUGAUUCGACAUAUAAUCGAUCAAAGUGUCCACGAACGGGACACCAAGCCCAGUAAAUCGCAUAAUUUGCAUACAGACCCGCUAAUCACGCGCGAUCAGCACGUCGGUAAAAGGGUACAGUUGGGAGAUCACUUGUGAUGGCUAGGCUGGGGAAUGCGAAAUGAUGACUAGUUGAUCAGUUUUUGUCUGUUCUCAUUUCAUUUUCGAUGCUCACUUGUCAAUUUGUCAGUACGGUUACACCUAACCAAGGAAAAAUAUAGUGAAACGUGAAAAGUAUAAAGAAACCAGUGUGCUGUCUCGCUAGACAUCGAGUCAUCUCCGAAGAGUAAAUACUCGGAGAUCACAUCGCAGCAGGCAUCAUUAAAAUUUCUCCUGGUGAAACGUGGGAAUGCAAAUAGGAGAACGGUGAGCAAUCACUGGCAGGUGUAUUAUGCCUCUUCCAUAAACAGUUCCAAGGAUGCGAUCGGAGCAUCGAGCUGCGUAAUUCGAGCUGUUGCUGCCGUAAAAGCCCCCUAUUGUUUUCUGAUUGACGUCGGUACCGUGCGUCGCUAUGGUAGCUCGGUUCGACCGAUAUCCGGUGCAGUCCGGUGCAAAAAUCAUAAAUUGAAGCAGACUAGCGUUUCUAACUGCACAAGAUGGGAUGUUUAGAGCUAUUCCUGGUAGGACUGUUCCUAGCCAUCCUUUACCGUUUCUUCACGUCGACCUUUGACUUUUGGACGAGCCGCGGUGUGCCUUUCCGCAAACCGACUGUGCUCUUCGGGAAUUUCGCUCCAAUGCUAUUAUUUCGAAAAUCCCUGCCGGAAGGUGUCAAGGAGAUGUACGACUGGUUCAAGGAUGAGCGAUUCUUUGGGGUCUUUCGGGUUAGAGCGCCUGUGCUGAUCCUAAGAGAUCCUGACUUGAUCAAGAACGUUUGCGUGAAGAAUUUCUCGUGCUUCGUGAACCGCGGUAUACCGGUGAACUCUCAGGACCCAUUAUCUGCUCACCUCUUCAAUCUCGAGGGCAAGAAAUGGAAGAGUCUGAGAGCGAAACUGACUCCAGCCUUCUCCUCCGUCAAGCUGAAGAGAAUGUUCUACCUGUUGGCAGAGUGCAGCGAAGAAUUUCAGAAAUUGAUCGAUGCGUCCUCGAGAGCCGAUCGGCCGCUAGAGGUUCGCGAAUUGGCGGCCAAAUUUACGAUAGACGUCAUCGGUAGCUGCGCGUUCGGCAUACAGAUAAACGCUCUCACCGAUGAGGAGUCCGAGUUCCAUAGAGCCGCGAAAAAACUCUCUAAACCGAGUUACAAGACUACGUUGUGGAGGAUGCUAAGGACUGCCAUACCGAAACUGUACAAGCUUCUACGUGUCCAGGUGAUCGAUCCAGGCGUAACGAAAUUUUUCAAGACCGUCGUGCUGCAAAUGAUCAACCAAAGGCAAAAGCAUCUUGUCAAAAGGCACGACUUUAUGGACCUGCUGAUCGAACUGAAGAACAAGGGCAGUUUGGAGAACGAAACUGGAAAUGGGCAAAUCUACAACGAAGAGGAUGUUGAAACAACCGAAGAGAUAGAACUGAACGAGAACAGUAUUGCCGCACAGGCGUUUGUGUUUUUCGCUGCCGGUUAUGAAACGUCAUCGAACACAAUCGCGUUUUGCCUUUAUGAACUCGCGCUGAACAGUGAACUUCAAGAAAAGACGAGACGCGAUAUUCAUGACGCUAUUGACAACGGAGAUGGCAAAUUAACUUAUGAUGCUGUCCAGGACAUGAAAUAUCUUGACACGGUUAUUGCAGAAACCUUGAGAAAGUAUCCUCCUGCUUCGCUUCUGUCCCGCAAAUGCGAAUAUCAGUAUCAAAUACCAGGCACAAAAAUCGAAUUACCGGCAGGUAUGAGGGUGAUCAUACCGAUCUACGGGCUUCAUCAUGAUCCAAAGUACUAUCCGAGUCCCGCGACGUUUGAUCCUGAGAGAUUCACGGAUGAAAAUAAACGAACGAGGCAUACUUACACGUACCUCCCGUUUGGAGAAGGACCGCGCAACUGCAUAGGAAUGCGAUUUGCUCUGCUGCAAAUCAAAGUAGGGAUAAUUUCGUUUCUAAGAAACCAUCGAGUGGAAGCCUGUGAAAGGACAACUACGCCGAUAAAAUUCAGUAGGCGGAGUCUUGUAACGACAAGUGAGAAAGGAUUCUGGCUGAAAAUUGUACGGACUACUUAAAUCUAAUAGAUUUAUCUAAAAAUUUGAACCACAAAAUGGAUUGACUUUCAACGAGUUGUCGUGUAGACAAUGAAGCUCUUUCGGUACUUAAUAUUCCCAACAUAUUUUUGAUACCAUUAAUUACUAUAUUGGCGUUUUAAUGUAUUUUUUACUUUUUUAUUUUAUUACAUUUAAAUGGAAGUUAAAAUAAUACAGAUUUGUUAAAUGUUUUUGAAACUCAGAAUUGAUAUUACUUUAAGAAAUUUAGCGAAGAUUGCAAUUUUUGUCCUUUUUAAUAAAAUAGAAUACUUAGUAAGAAUGGCAAAAAUCUUAAACUGAAACAAUAUGUCAUAUUACUACAAGUAGCAUAUUCUAUUCUUUUAUUCUAAGAUAAGAAGAAAUUUUUUCUACUGUGAACAUUUUUGCUAUAAAAUAGUAAAUAAGAUGAAUGUUUUUCAUUCAAACAAUUAUUUUACUAAGAUAUUCUUAAAGAAUGUACUUCUGUCUAGUAUUGCUUAUAUUAUAUUUU